UUUUUGAUUUUAUAAAAAUUAUAAUUUUUGGUAUUUAGUAGAAAUUUUUAGAAAAGGGUCUAAUAUGGAUUUAUUUUAGAAAUUUUUAGAAAAGGGUCUAAUAUGGAUUUAUUUACGUAGUCUGUCAGUUGACUAUUCGCCUCUAGUAUUUUGCAGAUAGUUUGAUUUUCCGUCCCGAAGAGGAUUUUUCGUUUUUUUUGCGGUGCAGUCAGACUCUACUCUGUACUCGUAUGCGCUGUGAUGCCUCCUAAAAGAAAAUCCGCCAGCAACGAAGCGUCGGUAUCCGUAGCUGCAUCGCCAGCAAGUGGACGAACCAGAAAAACCAUCAAGGUUCGCAGUCCUCAUAGCCCACAAGAAAGAUCGGGUGCCGAGAUCCCAUCUGCGUCGCCAAAAGAAGAUGGCACAGCAUCCUCUAGGCCGGCGGUGGAUCAGCCGAGCACUACAGAUGCAGGCGAGGAGAAGCUGGUGGUUGCCGAAACUGUUGCUUGGCCAGGGAAUCGAGGCCAUGAGUUAUUGGAUUUCUCCAGUGAGCUGCCAAAGGAAGUUCUAACCAACCUGGAUAUCUUGCUUAAACGGCUCGACGAUCUGAACCAGUUUGUGGAGAACUGGGUAAAGAUCAAUGCAGCGGAGAAAGCGAAACAUUUUUCCACCCCACUGGAAGAAGAAAAUAUGACCUUGUGGAUGUUUAAUGCCGUGGUGUCUCUGGGCGAAGUGUACUGCCGGUUAAAUGGACUGGAUUUGGAAAAGGAGGGCAUUAAUAAAAGAAAGGAAUUGCUGGAGCGUUAUGCCAGGAAAUUUACUGAUUUGGAACCGCAUGCGAGCCUGUUCGCGCGAACGGAGAGCGGUCCCAGCUCUCGCCUGGAUAUUCCAGCAGUGCAGCGAUUUCUCAAGCCGGCACUUGUUGCGGACGAUGGUAACAAGCAGGCUGUGCGUGCAGGCGACACUCCAGGAUUAGAGCCCGAUUCUUCCUCCACAGUGUCUUCACCGGAACUGAAACCGGCUCCGUGAUCGGGGCAUUAUGAAUCGUGUUUCUCCUUGCAGUUGUGUUAGAUCUCAGUUAUGUAGUGGACUGAUAUUAUACUUAAAUAACCACGCUGUAGUACAGCUGGCUUUUCUAUGGAUAUCGUGUGCUUUCUUUUGUGGGGUUCGAGUUUGUGGUGGUGAUCUUUUGAUUUUUGCUGGCUUGGUUUCAAUUGGGCAGUCUUAUUUGUAGCGAUUUUGAAUUUUGCACUGUGAAUUAAUUUUAAGCAGAAGUGCUAUUAAAAUUCACCA